ACUUGAAACUAUUCUCAGAUUGAAGAUUGAGAAGUAUCAUAGCAAAGCUAGGCUUACUUUAUCGAGGACUGUAUUUUUCGGAAAAGCAUUAAAUUACAUGCUUUACAAUAUUAAAAGCAUUUAUAUUUUCCGGUAUAAUUCAUAAACUGUAAUAUACUAAACAAAACGUUAUUGAUAGCGAAACAAUGAUUGGAUGCAUCACAGCGUUGUAUGCUUUGGCCGCCGCAACAUUAAUCGCUGCUGGCCAAAACGAACUCGUGCAAUGCACUCCGGGUGAAUAUAAGAUCAUCGGAAAGGCCGACUGUACCGGCUACUACUUGUGUGUGUUCGGGAAUCCCGUGGAGAUGCCACCUUGUGCUCCAGGUUCUGUGUUCAGCUCCAGCUCGAACGUUUGUGUUCCUAAAGGUUCUAUUUACGAUGACUGCAAGAAAACAACAGAUGGAAGCGGCAGCCACAUAACCGAAUCGCCAGAUCAAGGGCCUCUUAGCCCAGAGGAACGAUGUAACUUAUAUGGUGGCGUGUUCCCCCACCCCACGGAAUGUCAAGCCUUUUACAAUUGUAGUGUUCGUUACACAUGGAUACCCCGAUUCUUUGAACAGCACCUUGUUGAAUGCCGUUACCCCCAGCUGUUUAACACAGAGACCAAACAGUGUGACAAUUUUGAGAAUGUCAAAUGUGGAACCAGGACGGAAUUCAAGGAUGGCUGUCAAUACAAAAGCUAUUUGUGCGGCAGUUCCCAUUGUAUCCCUUGUUACGUCCGAUUACCAAGCUGUGUAGGUAAACGUGAUGGAAUGAACGUUCACCCAGGCAAACUAUGGACCCCGUUCUACGCCGUUUGUUACAAGGAGCGCACAGUCAAGCAGGACCAAUGCAAACCUGACGUAGACGGCACACAGUUCUUCCAUCCGGAAAAGAACGAAUGCGUUUCAUUGGAUAUGAUUCCUCGAGAACACGGGGGAAUGAUGCCCGAGUGCGGUACGAAAGUAGACGGGUUUUAUCUGGACGAUUUCGGACGAUGUGAUCGUUACGUUCAUUGCCAGGGAGGAAACUACAUUGGCACGAUCAAAUGUGCUGUUGGAGAAGUGUUCGAUAAUACGAAAGGCGGAUGCGUUCCGGAAGAAAAAGCGUGUGGACCCUGUGGGAAACUCGACCAUUGCUAAACAAGUUGCUUGCAUGAUGGUCGUGGUGAAAAGAAGGACGAAGUCAGGAAUCGACAAGACCAUCAUAAGCUGUGAUUUUCAUAAAGGACGUAAUCACAUCACGUAAGGUCUCGUGAUAACAUUUGCUAAAUUGAACGUGAUAUUAUAAACAGAUUGUUCCAAUGAGCCUUGUAAAAUUCUGUAUGUUUUGAUACGAUGCAUAAUAAAAUCAUGAAAUAUGAAACAUUAUUUGAAAAUAGAUUGUGUAAAAUUGUUAUACUAUCAAUGAGUUUUGCCAUGUGCAGUGGAUAUGAAAUCCAUGUAUUUUAUUUUUAAUAAAACUGCGAUACUCG